AUGGACCAGGGCCGUUCAACAGGUGCCCUGCAAACCGACGGGCUGCGAGAGCGGAUUACAUCACGCCCUGAUUCAACUGGGGGCCGAGACGCUCUAACUGCCCUUGGUGAGGCUGAGAUCAAGGAUGCGGCCGGCAAGGACAAGAAGACAUUUGGACGGACUCCCGAUGGAACUGUGUUCACGGUGCCUCAGACCCAUGACAUGGUCUCCCAGCUGCUCUCGCCAUCGGAACCCAAGAACUUUUCAGAUGCGGUGGUUCUCGUGCUGCUGGCGAUUCACAUUCUACUCCUCUGGGCCCUCCCCGCGUGCGCCAAAGUACCGGUAUUCGCUGUUGUCUACCUCUCUUGGCGCGCGGCCUACAAUGGAGGUAUCGGAUGGCUCCUUCAUAACCAGUCGCACCACAAGACCCUAAUCCGAUGGGCGGAGAAGACCAAAAUCUUCGUGAACCCGGCUACCGGGGACAACCCGCACCCGACCCUGUACAAUUGGAUCAAGCGCGAGCUGGAGACCAAGAUCCCCCACGAUUACAAGUUCGAAACAGCACCCGUUGAAUACAACACCUGGCUUGUCUUUAGACGUCUGGUGGACGUGAUACUUAUGUGUGACUUCACUUCCUACUGUCUCUUUGCGAUAGCAUGUGGUCAUCGUCCUGUGGAUGAGGGCAUUCUCAUGACCGCCCUCCGCUGGACGGCUGGUAUCGUGCUGGUGCUAUUCAACCUCUGGGUCAAAUUAGAUGCCCACAGAGUAGUCAAGGACUUUGCCUGGUACUGGGGUGAUUUCUUCUACCUCAUCGACCAGGAGUUGACCUUCGACGGUGUCUUCGAGAUGGCGCCUCACCCCAUGUACUCAGUCGGCUAUGCGGGCUACUACGGUAUCUCGCUCAUGGCAGCAAGCUAUAAGGUGCUCUUCAUCUCGAUCAUUGCCCAUGCAGCACAAUUCGCCUUCCUCGUCCUUGUUGAGAACCCGCACAUCGACAAGACCUACAACCCACCUCCUCCCCGCAAGCGCUCGGUCUGUGUCGAUUCGACUUCCAGCCUACCCUCGGACCUAGACACCCCAACUGCGCCAACUCCGUCUGAGGACCCUUCUCCCAAUGCGUCAUUAACCACUGAUUCCUCCACUAUGCUGGUUCAGAUGCUCGUAUUCGCAGUCACGGCCUUGACCCCGUCCACGCCGCGUUACCAAUUCUUCUUUGUGGUCAAUGCUGUCGUAUGGCGUGUGUGGUUCUCUGUAGGCAUCGGGUACCUUCUGAACAAUCAGUCUAACAACAAGGCUUGGACGAGGCACUUCCUCAAGUUUGGUGAAACCCCACACGAGGCAUGGAGCCAAUGGAAGGGUACUUACCACCUCAGUAUGAUCAUGUGCUAUGCUAGCUUCAUUGCUGCGGUGUGGAAGAUGUACACCCUCCCUUCGGACUGGGGCUAUGGCCUGGUUCUCUUCCGGCACGUCCUUGGUGUUGGUUUGAUCAGCUUGCAACUGUGGACUUCGAUCAGCAUCUACGACUCCCUCGGCGAGUUUGGCUGGUUCUACGGUGACUUCUUCUUUGAUGAGUCCCCCAAACUAACCUACAACGGUAUUUACCGCUUCCUCAAUAACCCCGAGCGUGUUCUGGGUUUGGCAGGUGUCUGGGGUGCUGUCCUCAUCACCAGCAGUGGGGCUGUCACCUUCCUGGCUCUGCUGAGCCACAUUCUCAGUUUGGCUUUCAUUCAAUUUGUGGAGCGACCUCAUAUGCAGAAGCUGUACGGUCGUAGCCUUCGGCAAGAUGGAGGUGUGGUCAAGAACCUCAAGAAGUCUUUGCCGUCCUCUCUCAGACAGCUACACGGAAGUGUCGACAAGAUAUUCGACGAUUCUUAUGAAUUCAUCGAGGAGAUUCUUGACAACGCGCGCCCGAAGUUGGCUGCCGGCGUCAAUACUUUCGUCAAAGACACAACAGCCCUCUUCCAUAAGUAUCCCGCUCGUGUCACCAUCUCUCGCAUCGAUGCGGACCUGGCUGGAAUCGACAUGCGUGAUUAUUCUCUGUCUGUUGAAGGUACCGAUGCGAAAUCUUUCGAGGAAAGCGAACUGGGCAAGGGUCGUGAGGGUGCGAAUGCCCGUAUGCCUCUGGACCGACGAGGUGAUCUCAAGAACCUGACUUUCGAAUACGGCGCUCCAAUCAAGGUCAAGUGGACUGCACCGCUUACCCACAGCAAGAAAGACUGGAUUGGUAUCUACCGUGUCACCGACAAUACCUCUCGCGAAGUCUCUCGUGUCUCCUCUCAGGGCCGCUGGAUCGCAACCAACGAGGGCUCUUACGACAACCUAACCUGUGAAAAGGGCAUCAUUACCAGUGAUGUGGUCAUUAACUCAUCCGAAGAAAAGGAUCGACAAGGCCAUAAACUUGCCUCCGGUGAGGUUGUUUUCUCUGGCGAUAAACUUUUCUGGACCCAAGGUGUCUUCGAAAUCCGCUACCACCACAAUGGCAUGCACAAUGUGAUGGCUAUUUCAAGACCAUUUGAAAUCCGCAUCCGCCGAUUUGACGAGGACGACACCACUGUCGACGGCGACAGCAUCGUUCAGACGACAGUUGAGAACUCCUUGCUGCCUGUCGUCUGCAACUGCUUUGACCGAGACCCUGACGUUGCUCCUGAAACUGUGGACGAGCAGUUUGGCGGUCUUGUCGAACGCGAUGGCAAAUUCGCCAAGCGCGUAGUCUUCGCUGUUCAUCAAAUGUUUGGUGUCGAACUAGCGCCUGAAGUCGUCAAGGCGGAUGGCAAUGUCCGCGAUCUGGCUUGGAGGAUAUGCAAUGCGAAGAAAGUUCUGGCCCCCUACAGUAUGUCCCUGUCAAAUGGGACAACAACGCCGAUUGAGGGAACCGAGGAAAAAUAA